AUGGCAGACGACCGCCUUGACUACUCCAACGGACAAAACCACGCGGCGUCGCCCACGACCGAGAAAAGGCCGUCAACCGAAUUCUUCCCGGCACCCGUUGUCCGAAAACUGGUAACUCUACGCAGGAUCGACGAGAUCAGACCAGUCAAGGAUGCAAAGCUUCCAAAAUCAAAAUAUGUGGUCAUCGCCGUCGACGGCUGGGAGGUGGUCGUCAACACCAAACGUGAUCAGCGGCGAUUCGAGAAGGGCCAGGUGGUGGUCUACUUCCAGAUUGACAGUUUCGUCCCCGAAGAUGACGGAAAUUAUUGGGAGGAAAUGGCCACAUCGGCCGAGUUGUUGCAGGGGAGGUGGGGAUUCCGGGUUCGCACGCUCCGGAUCGGAAACUCCAGCUUCAUAUCUCAGGGCAGGGUCUUUCACCUCAGCGAGUACCCACGCAUCCAGGAGAUGGUCAUGGAGCUCCAGAAGCUGUACGGUGAGAAGGAGGGUUUGGAGAGGGCUAUGCAGAGGUCGUUUGACGAUGUUCUCGGCGUUGUCAAAUGGGAUGUUGCCGAGAAAGACAAGGACGAUCACUACGGCCCGCCGCCGCCCAUGAUCCCAAGCACGGGUUUGAAUCGGAUCCAAGACGUGACGAGGCAGCUAUGGGAGCGGCACGCGGCCACCAGGGUUCAGAUCACCGAGAAGCUGGACGGCUGUCCGAUAUCCAUCUACUUUGUGCGCAACGACUCCCCCUUUGCGAAAUGCCUCCCGGAGCUGUACGACUUUCCCGGCAGACCCCGCGCAAAGCAACACCAGCAGCAGCUCUGCGUAUUCCCGCACGGCCGCGUCGGCGUCUGCACCAACAAGCUGGACUACGUGUGCACGCCGACCCAGCAGUUCUGGGCCGUGGCCGAGAAGCUCGGGAUCCCAGAGAUGCUGGCGCGAGAGGGCCGCACCGCCGUCGUGCAGGGCGAAUUCGUCGGACGCGACCACCGCCACCCGGAUGAGUUUUAUGCCUUUUCGCUCUGGACAGAGGAUGGCAAGCACGACGGGCUCGACGACGAGGUGACGCAGCGGGAUGCGCUCGUGCGCAUGGGCGUCCCGGUCGUCCCGCUCGUGGGAUACUGCGCCGUCGGGGAGUUUGCCAGGUCGACUGAGGAGAUGCUCCAGAAGGCGGAUGGUUAUGGGCUCAGGGGUCAGGCGCGUGAGGGUUUGGUGCUGAAGAGUGCGAAGGAGAACAUCUGGGUCAAGGUCAUCUCUAAUGCUUGGUUGGAGGGUGCAGGCAAAGUUGCAACUGAGCCCAGCCUGGGUCGCGACGAGCUCCGCCCUGCACUCACCAGCGCCACUGGCCUGACCAACGCAGCAGUUCGAAGCGCAGUCGGCCUUGCUGAGGCACUGACCCGUGAUGAACUGCGACUUGUUGCCCUUGCCGACGUUUUGGCUGCCCGACUUGGCAGAAUCAACCCUGCACGUGCCGGGUGCCGCAGCCGCAGCUCCCCCGGUAGUCCUGUUCCCAGCAGCAGGGGUAGCGGCCGGAGCGGCGACGCGAGCAGGAGAUGUAGCAGCAGCAGCAGCAGCAGGAGCAGCCCCGGCCCCACCGUCGCCAAAACCGCAACCCGUCUUUCCAGCUACGUUGCCGACGGCGAGCCCAGAGCAGAUGCCGAUCGAAGAGUCGCCGGCGAUUCCGGCGCAGCAGGCGGGCUGGGCGCAGUCGGCGGUGCUCUUGCAUGCACCGGUGAUGAACUGCUUGCCGGCGCCGUUGCCGACGUUUUUAGCUCCCGAGGGGUCCGGGGUGAUGGGUUGAGGGGUUGCAACGGCUAG